CCCUUACAUUAUUUAUCUCCACCUUCUCACUUUAUCAUUCCAAUAUCAAUCAAUCCUCCUUAUAUAUUAUAUCCUUGUUCACACUACCAACUUCCCCCAUCAAACCCCACUCCUCCUCCUCCUCUCCUUCCCUCUUCACCCACAAAAAUGGCUAAACUUUGUGGUUUAUUUGUCUGUAUGUUGAUUGUUGCCAUGGAUGUAGGAGCAGGCAUCCUAGGCAUCGAAGCAGAAGUUGCUCAAAACAAGGUUAAGCAUUUGAGGCUGUGGAUAUUUGAGUGUAGAGAGCCCAGUGAGGAUGCCUUCAAGCUAGGGUUAGCUGCAGCAGCCCUUCUGGCCUUUGCCCACAUUCUUUCAAACUUGCUUGGUGGCUGCAUGUGCAUCUGCAGCCAAGAAGACUUCCAGAAGGCCUCCCCCAACAGGCAACUCUCAGUGGUUUGCCUCGUUUUCUCUUGGAUAAUAUUAGCCGUUGGAUUCUCCAUGCUGGUGAUAGGGACAUUGUCAAACCACAAGUCAAGGACUUCCUGUGGCUUCUCACACCAUCACUUUCUGUCCAUUGGAGGCAUUCUGUGUUUUGUGCAUGCCCUCUUUUGUGUUGCUUAUUACGUUUCUGCCACAGCCGCUCUCAAUGAAGAAAAGCAUGGUGGUCAUGCUUAAGCUUAACCCCCACUUUUUUACUUUUUUCUUUUUCUUAGAACUUUACUAAUCUCUCUCUCUCUCUCUCUCUUUCUCUCUAUCAAGCUAGAAUGACACUUGUAAACUUUCAUCAACUCACACUUCUUCCUUUCUUUCUCCAUGUCCGUAAAAAAUUGAACUAAUUUCUUUUCA